AUGGCCGCGGCCAUGACGGACUCCUCCUCACGCGCGGUACCACUGUCGUCGUCGUCAUCGCAGGGCCAGACUUUGGGCCCAGCGUUCCACAACAAGCCGUCCCAACGCGCCGCGACGUCACCCAGCAGCCAUAAUGGCAGGGGGCACAUUGAUGGCGACGCAUCACCUCGCAGCAUGUCCUUGAGCACCACGGCCGCCAUGGAGCGGUCGUCUUCCGGCAACAACUCGUCGGCAAUGCUGCAUAGUGCCCAACGAUUGCCGACGGUCGCGCCAUCUGGACCAUCUGGCCUUUAUGGGAUCGGCGACGACGGUGCCGGCAGUGACUCGAGCCAUGAGGCAGGCAGCUCUACCCCGAUGGCACUUGAUCCCUCCCCAAUGUCCCCCCUCGACGCUGGCUACUCUAUGCGUGACCCGGCCGACGCGCUUGCGCAGCGUCGCAUGUCGCUCGACACACGGCGGGUGCACUCUGAAUCGCUUCCCGGGACGCAUCCGCGCCGACACAUGUCCAUGGCGAUCGGCAAGCGGCCGUCGAUUGUGACGGGCGGCUACGAGUCGAGCACGGACGACGACGACGACGAUGACGGCGGCAAGAACCGCGCAGGGCCGUCCAAGCGGCCCCGUGCGCACACGGCUGUGGGCGUCGCUGGCGUUGGCGCACACGCCGCCAUCGCCACCGGUUUGCGCACACCCCUCUCGCCUGUUCGACAGAGCAUGGGCAUCAUCAACUCGUCUGCUCACCUCUCUGCUGCCAAUACCAACAUCAGCACCACCGCCGCCGCUGCCGCUGCCGGACGACGGCGCGCGCAGAGUCUCAUGUCGCCUCCGCCGCACGACUUUGCACCCUCGACAUCCCCCAUCUCCCGCCGCACGACCUCGCGCCUCCGACCACCGAGUGGAGGGGGGGCAGGCUCCCCGCUGUCUCCGCGCGGCAAUGCGUCUCCCCGGUUCUCCAUCUCUGGCAACGAUGCCGUCUCGCGCAACGUCAGUCUCAUCAGCGAGCUGCCCAACUCGCGGUCCGCGUCCAUGCGCUCGGUCCGUGAAGGCCGCGAGCCCAGCAUCCGUGACGAGCCGGCAGCGUCGUCGUCGCGCGACAUGGACCGCCGCGGGCCACGGCGCUCUGACCCAAGUAAAGCCAACCGGUUGCAGGCAAGCUUGGGCCUAGGCGCUGCACCACGCGAGGUCGUCCUCACCGCCGACCAGAUUCAAGACUUGCUAGGCGACGCCGACGUCUCGUCGGCGAUUCAGCUCAUGAGGCCAAAGCCGCCCCGCCGACAGUCGUCAAGUGUGUCUGCCGAUCAUCCUCCCCUCCAUGCUUCUGCUUCCUCCUCCUCCAACGCCGCCGCCGCCGGUCACCAUGCACCCGAUUCUUCGCCACCCACUAUCUCAAGACCGUACCUCGUCUCAGCACCGCCGGCAUUGACAAAUGGCGACUGGCAUGGCCGAGACCGUACGGUCAGUGUCAGCUCUAGCAUGGUUUCCACGCCUCAGCGCAACGUCACGCCGUUGGCCGGCCGACGACGACAUUCAUCGCUGGUGCUGCCGUCCGACGAGGGUGGGCAUGUCCCAUUUACCCACCACGUCACACAACCUCCGCCAGAGACGGCCAUCGAGGAGGAAGACGACGACGACGAUGACGACGAUUACGAUAACAUGGACAACUCGGUCGUCCUCGUUGACAGGGACGAUGCGUCCGACGCGCCACCCAGUACUGUUCGGUCCGCCGACUCGCCGGUAAACUCAUUGUCCCACGCGUCAACAGUCCCCAAGGACCACGACAGGGGCAAGCGCCGCAUCAGCAGCCUGUUUGGGCUCGGCCGCAAGAAACACGACCCUACACCAGCACCAGCACCGGCACCCCUUCCAGCUCAGCAGCAGCGCACGCGCCCGCCAUCCCCACCUCGACAAGCCGAGCGAGAAGCACGUAAGAGCAACCGGGAUCAGGCAAUGCGUCUUGCCGAACAGGAACGUCGGGACCAGGAACUUGAGCAAGAACGUCGUUACCGUGCCCUUGUCCAAAUCCAUGCCCAUCCCGCAGCCCAGAAGCGGGCGCAACAGACUGCCAUCCAUCUCGACAGCUUGUACGCUGCGGUCAACGAUGGUCUCGUUCAUCCACCAAAGCUCAACCCACUCGCCAUUCUCCGGUGGAAACGACGGACAGAGGAGCAAAAGUCCGCCAAGGCGAGGUGGGAGAGCGAGCAGGUCGGACUUGAUGGCAUGCCACUGCGCAACUCUGCGGGAUCACCGACGCUAUGGAGUAACGGCGGCAGCGUGUCGUCCCCACGCGUGUCGAUCGACAACCGCCGCGGUCUCAGUCCUUACAACCGUUCCGUGAGCUCCAACCAGGAGCACUUGUUUGCGCCUGGGUGGCACUACACCUUGGACGACAUCAACGCAUACAACGCAUGCAGUGGCAAGGUCAACUUUUGGUUUCCUCCCAUGCCUAUUGAACACGUGCCAUCACCCGUCGCCUCACCAGUGGUGUCUCCAAGAGAGUCAACGAGUGACCUCCCUUACCCCUAUGCGCCUCAGUCCAAUGCGUCUGCAUCCACCCACCUCCUUCCGCGUCCAUCUAUAUCGGACUCGCUGGGCGAAAGGGAGAUGUAUCACAAGGACGGAGCGGCUGUGCGCAUCGCAUCGCCUUCUAUGCCUUCCCUUGUCGGCAUCGACCAUGUCCUCGAUGAGAAUGGGGCGGCGGCCUUGUCGCGCCAGUCGUCGCUUGACAACGGACACCGUCUCCGCAACGCACAUUCGUUCCGCGGUACCCACCGUGCUCACCAGAGCACGACUGGUAUCCCGCAGCAGCAGCAGCAGCAAGCCAAGCCUCUCCAGGCACUCCGCGCGCCGUUUGAAAAGCUGGGUAACGCUGCACGCCGCAACAUUACGCUACCGGCCACCCACAUGCCCAACGACAUGGACGACGACGCGCCUGCCCGCCGCCCAGGCUGGCUGUCGGCAGACGCACCUGCUCCACCGCCAGAGGUUGUUCACCACCACCCGGGCGGUUUACCUCCUUCCCACCACAGCUUGACCACGAGCUUCAAGGAAGGCCGUGACAGGCUCCGUCGAGGUAUUUCGACUGCCACUGGCCAAAAGGGGCAGGACAACACCACCGGCACGUCCGAGGACGAGGGCCAUACCUUCCGUCGUCUCCUUGGUAAGGGUCAGCGCGCUCUGGCCGGCCCGCGCGUGACGCGCGAUCGCAGCGCUUCCAUCUCUCGUGCAGUGGAAGCUCGUAACCUCGAAGAGUCUAUCGCUCGCCAGAGGCAGAUCCGCCACACCGAGUUUGCGAGCAAGCGCCCCACCGAACUCGAGAUCCAAACUCAGGCGCGACUCCAAGCUGUCGAGAAUGACAUUUAUGCCGAGCGCGAGCUGUUGCUUGUCAACGCCCGCCAACGCACCGACGAGCUGGAAGCGGCCGAGCAGCAGAUGGACUUUUCCCUCGCGCACUAUAUCCACCAGCUCGACCAGGUCAAGACCGUCUUCGCCACGGCUGCAGAUGUCAAUAUCGAGUUUGACGGUUUAGAUGCGCUCCGUGGGCGCGGCCGCAAACCCAACGCACCGCGCGAGGACGACGAGAGCGCCGACUCGGUCGCUCCCCUCCGCCACGACUCGGACCGCGGUGGGUUCAGCGCUGGAGGCAACUUUAGCGAUGGCCGCUUCAGCCCCAUUGGUAACGGCGUGGUCGCCCAGCGCAAGUCUCGCAAGCCGCAGCCGACCAUGCCGCCUGUCGCCUUGCCCUCGUUUGCGUUUGGCUUGCAGGCGUGGCCCAAGCGUUCUACCCUUGACCCCACGCUCGGUGUGCCCGUCGACCCUAUCCGCCGCGUCGAGCUGUCGUGCGAAAAGGCCCGCCAGACAACACGGGACAUGGCCAAGGAGCGCGAGGAGACGACCAAGCACCUGCAGGGCAUGGUCAGCACCGUCAACCAGCUCAUCUACCAAAAGGACGAGGUGCGCCGGUGGACCAAGGGUGUGCUCGACGAGAUUGCGACACUCAAGGAGGAGCGCAACACGGUGCUGCUCAAGAUUAAAGGUGGCCUGCGACCGCGCAUGUGGCGAGCGACCGACGACGCGACCGACCUGGCCGCGCGCACCAUUAUGAGUCUGUUCAGCUACGCCAUCCGCGUCCUCCGCGGCGUCAACUGGGUGCGUUCAGUGGAUGCGGGCUGGCUCGCGUGGGCCCUUGUGGGCGGCAUGCUUGCCAUGCUUGUGUUUUUCUAUUGGGUCGGCAGCGAUGUGCCUGUGUCAGCGCCAGCGGCAGAAGCAGUGACAGCAGCAGCAGCAGCAGUGACAGCAACCAUCGCCCCUGUAGUAGUAGGCGACAACGUGUAG